CAAAUUGCGCCAAUCAUGUUAAAAUUAUUGCUGGUUACGUUACUAAGUGCAGCGCUGGUGCAGUGCUGUGAGAAGCAAUCUUUUCAGAAUGUAAAAAUCAAGGCUUCGAAGUACUUUAGCUCCAAAAACGAAUCAAAUGACAUACAAUUGGAAACGUUGACAGGGUGCAUCGAGCCAAAUGAAGAACUCAAAAACGCCUUGUCGAUUACCAUAGAAAAUCAACAAGUUCCCGUUCUAUACAGUGGAUCAGUGCAAGAUAUGCCAUGGUUACACGAGUUGAUUUUAAAUGCGAACAAUAUUGAGAAAAUCGAGCCAGGGGCGUUUCUCAAUCUGAAAACAAUGGCAACGAUUAGUUUGGAAAGAAACAAAAUCACCACGAUACCAGAGGGAGUCUUCAACGGAAUGGAAAUAAAACGCUUGCUUUUGAGCGACAAUCUCAUAUCGAAAAUUGAUCCGGGCGCCUUCGACAACAUGCCCGAGCUCAACAGAAUCGACCUCGACAAUAACAAACUGCAGGUAUGGAAUGCGGAUUGGUUCAAAAACACCCCUAAUAUAAUCCUACUAUCGGUACGAAACAAUCAAAUUAAAGAACUGCCCGCCGACGCCUUCAAAAAUAUCAAGGGAAGCGACAAACCGUUCAAAACAAAAACGACAAUCUUCUUGGGCGGCAACGAAAUUGAAGCCAUCGACAAGAACGCGUUCAGAGGUAUAAAAGAUUUGCAGAUGCUGGAUUUGGAUAAGAACCAUAUAGCGACCAUUGACGCCAAUGUGUUUUCUGGGAUGAAAACCAUCAAGACGCUACUGUUAGCCGGAAACAAGAUCAAGUGUCUAUCCGAUUCCAUCUUGGAUUCGCUUCCAGUCACCGAAAUGACCAACCUCGAAAACAACCCAUUGGACUGCGUUUGCUUGAAGAGUAUGCAAAAUUGGUCCAAGAAGCACAACGGCAAUUUAAAAACGUACAUUAGAAAGAUUGAGUGUAUGCAGGAGAGGAUUAAAAAUGUAUUGGAUUCUGUAAAACAGCCCAAAUUCGAAUAAUUUAGGUAGGUGCACUUCGAUUUAAAAAUGCAAUGUAGCUGAAUCUGUAAAAGAUAAAAAAAUAAAAAUUGCGUUUAUUUUAUUCAA